UGAAGAGACGACAACACAACGACAGAGUAAUUCUAUUUAAUUUUAUAUCGGAGUGUGUUUUUAGUUGUCUUACGGUGGCGGCGAAAGAAACAUAAAAAGUGAAACUCCAAGACGCCAAGAGGAAAAUAAUGAGUGACGAAGCCAAUAAACGGGUCUAUCCCUCAGCACCACUAGAGGAGGUUGUGCAUACGGAACAGCAGCAACACUUGUUGGCCAAACCAGCACCGCCAUCCUAUGAUCAAGCCAUUGGAGCAGAACCCAUCACACAUCAACCUGGUCAACCUACAACUGCCGGCGAUCCCCAUGUGGUGGUCAUAACACAACCCACCACUGUCUAUGGACCCACGCCCGUCGAUGUCCAGUGUCCCUAUUGCCACAAUAUUUGCCGUACCCGACUACGUGCCAAACCCAAUUCCCGUACCCAUUUGUUUGCCCUGAUACUUUGUUUGUUGCAGUUGUAUUGUUGUGUUUGUCUGCCCUACUGCAUUGCCAGUUGCAUGGAUACGAAUCAUUACUGCGGCAUGUGUGAUCGUUAUUUGGGAACAUAUCAGAGAGCGUGAUAAGAAAGUAUUUGAAAUAAAUGUGUAUAUAUUAGGGUGGUCCAUUACAAAAAAGUGAAAAA